AAAAAAUCCAAACCCCAUCUUCAAAGAAACCAUCUCCUUCCUCUAUUCGUCUUUCACUCUCUUAUCUAUCCUCUCUGUUUUUCUCUCUGUUUGUUUUAUCUCUAUCAAAACCAUGGCAGUUUCUAAAUUCACUCCUGCAUACAAAGAAACUCAUUCACUUUCUUCUCAAUUCUCUUCAUUAACAGAAACCAGUGUCUUCAAUAACCGUAUUUGUUUCUCCCAUCCAUUUCCAAGACCUUGUAAUGCUGCUAGAGCAUUCUGUUCUGUUUCACAAAAUGAACUUCAAGCCCCUGUUGCUGCACAACAAAAUGAUACUCCGAAGAUUAAACACGAAUGCUUCGGAGUGUUCUGCGUUACUUACGACCUCGUCGCUGAAGAAGAAACAAAAUCAUGGAAGAAAUUGAUAAAUGUUGCAGUUUCAGGUGCUGCUGGGAUGAUAUCUAAUCAUCUUCUUUUUAAACUUGCGUCUGGUGAGGUUUUUGGACCCGAUCAACCAAUUGCGCUGAAAUUAUUGGGAUCUGAAAGAUCCUUCGAAGCUCUUGAAGGAGUUGCUAUGGAAUUGGAGGACUCAUUAUAUCCUUUACUGCGAGAGGUCAGUAUUGGCAUUGAUCCUUACGAUGUAUUCAAGGGUGUUGAGUGGGCUCUUCUGAUUGGAGCAAAACCCCGAGGACCUGGAAUGGAACGAGCUGCCUUGUUAGAUGUAAAUGGCCAAAUUUUCGCUGAGCAGGGGAAGGCACUCAAUGCUGUUGCCUCCCGUAACGUUAAAGUGUUAGUUGUGGGCAACCCUUGCAAUACAAAUGCUCUAAUCUGUAUGAAAAAUGCUCCCAAUAUACCUCCAAAAAAUUUCCAUGCUUUGACAAGAUUGGAUGAGAAUAGGGCCAAAUGCCAGGUACAAAUCUUUCCUAGCAUGAAAAUUUCAUUCUGGCAAGGAUUUUAUAGUUGUAAUGCAUCUUAUGUUUUUCUACAGCUUGCACUUAAAGCAGGUGUGUUCUACGACAAAGUUUCAAAUGUGACAAUUUGGGGAAACCACUCUACUACUCAGGUUCCGGACUUUUUGAAUGCAAAGAUUGGUGGUGUUCCUGCAAAAGAGGUGAUCCAAGACAACCAUUGGUUAGAGAAUGAGUUCACCCAGAAAGUCCAAACGAGAGGAGGUGCCCUUAUUAAAAAAUGGGGAAGAUCUUCAGCUGCAUCAACUGCUGUCUCAAUUGUUGAUGCCAUAAGGUCCCUCGUCACUCCAACUCCAAAGGGUGACUGGUUUUCAACGGGGGUUUAUACUACUGGUAAUCCAUAUGGUAUCGCAGAGGAUAUUGUUUUUAGCAUGCCAUGCAGAUCAGAAGGAGAUGGUGAUUAUGAACUUGUCGAGGAUGUUAUUUUUGAUGAUUACCUCCGUGCACGCAUAAAGAAGUCUGAAGACGAGUUGCUUGCUGAGAAGAAAUGUGUAGCCCAUCUCACAGGAGAAGGCAACGCUUACUGCGAUCUUCCUGGGGACACAAUGCUUCCUGGAGAAAUGUGAGACUACAGAUCAUACCAACAGCAAUAAAAUGAAAUGUGAAGAAUGCAAAAACUUCUGCAAUAGUUUUAUGUUGGUUUUCCACGACCCUAGAGUGUGUACUAUUUAUGUACAAUAAGUGUGCAAAUUGAGCAACAGUUGAGUCAAGUAAAGCGAAAUGUAUCCAUCAGUUUCAUCAUGUUCGACACAUUGUAAGAUCUUGUAUGCAUUAAGGCAGCGGCUCCUAGCUAGUACAGUGAUGCUGGUUUUCUUUUGUUUAUUUCCUUAUCCAAGAGUUGGGCAGAUUUAAGCCUGAACUAUAUUCAGACAUUUUGUAUAUUUCUGCAUUGUAAUCUUUGUGUGAAUACUAAACAAACGUACUUGUAUUCCUGAGAGAAUUAAAUGCACUUAUAUACACCGUUUCAUUGUUAUA